CUCUCUCUCUCACUCUCUCGUAUGGAAUCUCACCUCUUCUAGAUUCUCGCGCCCUCUUGCUCUCGAAUUUCGGGCGGUUUAGGAUGGAUUCGGAAUCUUCGGUUCCAUCGAGUUCACCUUCAGUGAAAGCUCUUGAGGAACAACCUCCUGCUGCCUCAGAUUCAGGAUCAGAUAAUAGUUCUCGGGAGGCGCCAUCCAAGCUGAGUACAUCUGGCUUGACUUCAUGGGCCAAAAAUCUGAAAAUUCCUCAGCCAAUGGCACCAUCACAAGACUCUCCGACUGGUUCUGGACAGUCGAGUUUUGCUCGCUUUACAAGUGGAUUAGGACUGCGCUUGUCUCCAAAAGCUCCGGUGGAAGAUGAUGAUCCCAGUGGGAGCUCAAAAGCUAUGCAACCUGGUAUAUUUGAUACUAUUACAAAGGGGAUAGUCGACUCUUCUAAGAGUGCUGUGAAAGCUGUUCAAGUUAAGGCCCGACAUGUUGUCUCUCAAAACAAACGCAGAUACCAGGAGGGAGGAUUUGAUUUGGAUAUGACAUAUAUCACCGAGAACAUUAUUGCUAUGGGAUUCCCAGCUGGUGAUAUGAGCUCUGGCUUUUUUGGAUAUGUUGAGGGGUUCUACAGAAACCACAUGGAAGAAGUGAUUAAGUUUUUCGAAACUCAUCAUAAGGGGAAGUACAAAGUAUACAACCUGUGUUCAGAAAGGCUAUAUGAUGCAUCAUUAUUUGAAGGAAAGGUGGCUAGUUUCCCAUUCGAUGAUCAUAAUUGCCCACCAAUUCAUCUGAUAUCAUUAUUUUGUCGAAGUGCUUAUUCGUGGCUGAAAGAGGACAUUGAGAAUGUAGUAGUUGUGCACUGUAAGGCUGGGAUGGCAAGGACAGGAUUGAUGAUAUCCAGUCUUCUCCUCUACUUAAAGUUCUUUCCUACUGCAGAGGAGUCUAUUGACUACUACAACCAGAAGAGAUGUUUUGAUGGAAAGGGGCUUGUUCUGCCAAGUCAGAUUAGGUACGUCAAAUAUUUCGAACGUAUCUUAACAUACUUCAACGGUGAAACCCCCCCUGGGCGCAGGUGCAUGCUUAGGGGUUUUCGGCUUCACAGGUGCCCAUACUGGGUCAGGCCCACCAUUACUGUCUCUGAUCAUAACGGUGUUCUAUUCUCCACAAAAGAUCAUCCAAGAACCAAGGGUCUUUCGCCUGAAGAUUUUUGGUUUAGUGCUCCAAAGAAGGGGGUAAUGGUCUUUGCUCUGCCAGGGGAACUUGGUUUGACCGAGUUAGUUGGUGACUUCAAAAUCCACUUUCAUGAUCGUCAAGGAGAUUUUUACUGCUGGUUGAACACAACGAUGACAGAAAAUAGAAAAACUUUAACCACCAAUGAUCUGGAUGGAUUUGACAAGAGGAAACUGCCUUCCCCUGGAUUUCAGCUUGAGGUGGUUUUAGUUGAUUAUAAUGGCAAUGUUCCUGCAACACCUACACCUAACACUGACACUACUGCAAAGAAACCGGAUGAAAGCUCAGGUACCAAACCUCCAUCAGACGACUCAGCUGCAGCUACAGCUGAUCCACCAUCCCAUCAUGCAAAUCCGGAAAGCCAAGAUAAGGAUGAUGUGUUUUCAGACAACGAGCUGGACGAGACUGGCUCUUCAAAAGUUCAGCGAGCAGAAGGAACUUCUCCAGCUGGUGGAACUGUUGCCAGUACGACUUUCAGUUCCUCAUCUACUACAAAAUCAGAUCAAGUUGCAAGCUUAAUGCAAGCAACAAAACAAGUUUCUAUUGGAAGCACGGAUUCUAAACAGGUGCCUGCUGCUAGUGAUGACCCUAAAAGUGCUGCAGUUGUUGGAAAUGUCCCGGGCCUUGAAACUCAAAAUCCGGAAAGUGAAUUUAAGGCAAUGGCCGCUGAUGCCUCCGUCUUCACAUUUGGAGACGAAGAGGACUAUGAAAGUGAGUGAAAGAUUGAUUUGACACCACACUGCCUCGGAGUUGAACAAUCUGUACAUAACAUGGUUUCGAAGCUUUUAAGUCCCACCAGUUGCUGAAAGUUGGUCACGUUCAAAGUUCAAUCGAUUGGAUCCAUUUGUAAUUGAAGUAGGGUUCUGGUUGGAUUGAUGGCAAGAAGGUACUUGAACGUGCGAAUAAUUAAAUCAAACUGUGUUGGGGUAUUGUUCGAAUUCGUUUCAUUUGUUGUAAAAAGAGAAUAAAAAGGAAACCUGUACUUUCUUUCUGGGCUUCUAUAUCCCUGUUAGGAAUGUAUGUGAUCGUCUUCAAGCUGUAAACAGUUUCAUUUGAGUUCAUACUGGAUUAUAAGUUUAUCUUUGGAU